GCUUGGCUAGCAGCAAAACUCAAAUCACAUAUCAGUUUUGAAAAUCCGAUUUAUCUCUACUUUCUCUUAAUAUAAAAAAUAAUCAAAUAAUAGUUUUAAAUUUGUUACUUGCGAAAGCAAUAACCAGUUUAAAUACGCACAUUUCGGUGUUUCGAGUGUUACCAGCUAUCUCGAUGCAGAAUUUUUGAAUUUGUUAACAGCAUCUGUAUAAUUUUCAUUUGAAUACCGUUGGACUCUUUUAUAGUUUUUAAAACCUAAGGAUGAGGUUAGUGUUGAUGAUAAAUAAACAUAAUUUUCAUUUAUUUAAAUGAAGUAUAAGAAACUAAACACGUUAAGCAUUUCUAUGGCUAUCGGCUACACACAGCAUCCACAUCCAAUGCGCAGCUGUUUGAACUGUCACCCGGCUUUUGGAUGCCACCCACCCUCAAAGCAAGUUCGGGGAGGCCUGCAACAGGACAAUGCCAUCACAUUUAAAAGGCAGAGCAUCGUCGUGUCCGUGCUCAGUAGAUGCUCCACCAUCUCGGCAGACAAACCUAGAGUUCCGUAAACGGGCAAAAUUGCAAAACAAACGACUAGUAAAAAUGACACCGCGCGUCUAAAAAAAACACAACAAAAUAUUUGUGAAUAUUGUGGAGAAGUAGUAUAAAAUAAACGAAAAUAUAGUGCAUGAAAAACAAUCCGAGCAAGAUGCAGAAAAGAGGGGCACAUUAUCGCAUGCUAAAGUGUCUAUUGUUGUUGGCAAUUCAAAUAGCACUCAAUGUCCCAAAGGUAGAAGCAUUGCCCGACAUCAUCAAAAUUGGUGGAUUGUUCCAUCCCUCAGAUGACCAUCAGGAGCUCGCCUUUCGCCAGGCUGUUGAGCGCAUCAAUGCCGACCGCUCCAUUUUGCCCCGCUCCAAACUUGUGGCCCAAAUUGAGCGCAUCUCGCCAUUCGACAGCUUUCAUGCCGGCAAACGAGUUUGCGGCUUGCUCAACAUUGGCGUCGCUGCAAUUUUUGGACCACAAUCCUCGCAUACCGCGAGUCAUGUGCAGAGCAUCUGUGACAACAUGGAGAUACCGCAUUUGGAGAAUCGCUGGGACUAUCGUCUGAGACGCGAAAGUUGCCUGGUGAAUCUUUAUCCCCAUCCAAAUACACUCUCAAAGGCUUAUGUGGAUAUUGUGCGUCAUUGGGGCUGGAAGACGUUCACCAUAAUCUAUGAGAACAACGAUGGCAUUGUGCGACUGCAAGAGCUGCUCAAAGCUCACGGCAUGACACCGUUUCCCAUCACUGUGCGCCAACUUAGCGAUAGCGGAGAUUAUCGACCGCUGCUCAAGCAGAUUAAGAACUCGGCUGAAGCGCACAUUGUGCUCGACUGUUCCACGGAGCGCAUACAUGAGGUGCUCAAACAGGCCCAACAGAUUGGUAUGAUGAGCGAUUAUCACAGUUAUUUGGUCACAUCGCUGGAUCUACACACGGUCAAUCUAGAUGAGUUUCGAUAUGGAGGCACAAAUAUCACAGGCUUUCGGUUGAUUAACGAGAAAAUCGUCUCGGAUGUGGUGCGUCAGUGGAGCAUCGAUGAGAAGGGUCUGUUGCGAUCGGCCAAUCUGACAACUGUGCGCUCUGAGACAGCUUUAAUGUAUGAUGCUGUGCAUCUGUUUGCCAAGGCAUUGCAUGAUCUGGAUACCUCGCAACAGAUUGAUAUACAUCCGAUUAGCUGUGAUGGACAAAGCACUUGGCAGCACGGUUUCAGCUUAAUCAACUAUAUGAAGAUUGUUGAGAUGAAAGGUCUGACGAAUGUCAUCAAGUUCGACCAUCAAGGUUUUCGCACGGACUUUAUGCUCGACAUCGUAGAGCUAACGCCGGGUGGCAUACGCAAAAUUGGCACCUGGAACUCCACGUUACCCGAGGGCAUCAACUUUACGCGUACGUUCAGCCAGAAGCAGCAGGAAAUCGAAGCGAACUUGAAGAAUAAAACCUUAGUGGUCACUACCAUAUUGAGCAAUCCUUACUGCAUGCGCAAGGAGUCGGCAGUGCCGCUAACAGGCAACGAUCAAUUUGAGGGCUAUGCCGUGGAUCUUAUACAUGAAAUAUCCAGAUCUCUGGGCUUCAACUAUAAAAUACAACUGGUUCCCGAUGGCAGCUAUGGCAGUCUGAAUAAGUUGACUGGCGAGUGGAAUGGCAUGAUAAGAGAGCUCUUAGAGCAACGCGCUGAUCUGGCCAUUGCGGAUCUUACAAUCACAUUUGAGCGCGAACAAGCCGUUGAUUUUACCACACCGUUUAUGAAUCUAGGCGUUUCUAUACUCUAUCGCAAACCUAUCAAACAGCCGCCCAAUUUGUUUUCCUUCCUAUCGCCCUUGUCGUUGGACGUUUGGAUCUACAUGGCCACAGCAUACUUAGGUGUUUCCGUGCUGCUCUUCAUCUUGGCCAAAUUCACACCCUAUGAGUGGCCUGCUUAUACUGAUGCUCAUGGCGAGAAGGUCGAAAGUCAGUUCACCUUGCUCAACUGCAUGUGGUUUGCCAUUGGUUCAUUGAUGCAGCAGGGAUGCGACUUUUUACCCAAAGCACUUUCAACGCGCAUGGUGGCUGGCAUUUGGUGGUUCUUCACACUCAUCAUGAUUUCCUCGUACACUGCCAAUUUGGCUGCCUUUUUGACUGUCGAACGCAUGGACUCGCCCAUUGAGAGUGCAGAGGAUUUGGCCAAGCAAACUAGAAUCAAAUACGGCGCACUCAAAGGCGGCAGCACAGCAGCUUUCUUUAGGGACUCAAAGAUCUCCACAUAUCAGCGCAUGUGGUCAUUCAUGGAAUCGGCACGUCCAUCAGUCUUUACGGCCAGCAAUGGCGAGGGAGUGGAGCGCGUUGCCAAAGGCAAAGGCUCAUAUGCUUUUCUGAUGGAGUCCACAUCGAUUGAAUAUGUGACCGAGCGCAAUUGUGAAUUAACGCAGGUGGGCGGCAUGCUGGACACCAAAAGCUAUGGCAUAGCCACACCGCCAAACUCGCCUUAUCGCACUGCCAUCAAUAGCGUCAUACUCAAGUUGCAGGAGGAGGGCAAACUGCAUAUACUGAAAACUAAAUGGUGGAAGGAGAAGCGAGGAGGUGGCAAAUGUCGUGUUGAAACAUCCAAAUCCUCGUCGGCUGCCAAUGAACUGGGACUGGCCAAUGUGGGCGGCGUGUUUGUGGUGCUAAUGGGCGGCAUGGGCGUAGCCUGUGUCAUAGCUGUCUGUGAGUUUGUGUGGAAGUCACGCAAAGUUGCCGUCGAGGAGCGUUUAAGUGCCAUAUUAAAUGAAUGAGGAAAAUUGUAAACCCAAGACGAAUGGGUUUAGUAAUCGGUCGUAUCGUUUUGGACCAGGAAUUAAUUGUGCAACUUUUGCAUGAUAUCCCAAUAAAUACAUGUGUAUGUGUGUAGUAUAUAGCUACUAAUCUGACGUUUGAGAUCAGACCAAAAAUAUAAUGUUGGGAAGAAAGAUAUAUAGAGAGAAAUGGCGCCACCAAUGAAAAAUCGCACAAGAAAACCAAAUAGAAGAAAAUAACGUUUCACUUGAAAACUUUUGACAAGUAGCGAUAGUCACAAAAUUUAUAUACAACAACAAUCUUAUAAUAAACAUACUUACAUGCAUAAAAACACAUAUAUACAAGAAUAUAUAUACACAAAAGUUAUAUGAUAAACGAACUUUCGUAUUAUGGAAUGAUAUAAAUAGAUUACAAUUACAGAAUACAGAAUACAGAUUACAAUCGAAAUCGUAUGCAUUUAUAUUACAAAUGAAAAGCAUUUUUGGAAUUGUACUUUAGCCAAUAAGCGUAGUUAAAUUAUACACAAACAACAUUUAAUACAUCCCCAAUGCAAAAACAUAUACAUAUAUAAACUUUUGACAAACAUACUAAUAAUAAAAUAAACGAGAAGUAAACCUCCCCAACCAAUGCUCAUAAUAACUAAGGUAGAUUACUUAUAUACAUAUGUAGCUAAGCCUAAGUCAAGUAUAUUUAAUAAUAACUCGAUAGUUUAAACCCUCCUCUCUUUAUGGUUCCGAUCCCCAUCCGUUCCUAGCUUUAAGUUUGUACAAUGUAAUUACCUUACACGCAAUUUUGAUGAACAACAAUUUCAUAAAUAUAAUUAAAUAAACGAAGUUAACACUGCAAACACAAUAAUUCAAUCCGGAAUCCUUCGACUGAACACCUGCAGCAAAUUGCUGCUUCGACUUCGACUGACAUUCGACGUGACUGUGAAUGUGAAUGUGAAUAUGGGUGUCUAUGAGUGAAUGGGGAUGUGAAUGUCGACACCUAACCGCAAACUGUCAAUCAGAUGGUUAACCGCAGUAGGUUUUCCACCGCUUUUUCUUUCCUUUCUGUAUUGAAUAUUUUAUGCGCCUCCUCCAAAUGCGUUACAAUCGCUUCCGAUUUUAAUUGGCUUUAUGUUUUACGCGAUAUCCUCAAAAAAACAGGAAAACAAAAGGCAACCUCGUAAGCAUUGUUCGCUUUCACUUUUCAGUUGGCUUGCAGUGCUAUCGACAUCAACAUGAAGUUUUCCGGAUUCCUUUUCUCCUUAUUGUGUGGAUUAAAAUUACUUUUUCUAGUGCCGGCAAGAGCCAAUGACUUUUCCUCGUUUCUCAGCGCAAACGCUUCUCUUGGUAAGCUUAAAUCACAGCUAAAGAUAUAUUCGACAUUUCUUUAAGAUAAUCCUUUUAGCCGUGGUUGUGGAUUACGAGUAUAUGGCCACUCACAGACAGAAUAUAAUGGCACAUUUCGAAAAAAUCUUGAGCGAUAUUGUGCGCGAGAAUAUGAAGAAUGGUGGCAUUAAUGUGCGUUACUUUACGUGGAACUCCAUCAAAAUUAAAAAAGG